AUGACGCUCCACGGCCCCGUCAAGCAGCAGCUCGAGGCCGUCAGCGGCUAUGUCUACCCCACGGACAGCGCCCUCGUGGUCGUGAGUACCAAGAAGAAAGCCGCGCGCCAGUACCUCCUGCACGGCUACCGCCACCGCAGCGCCAAAGUCUGGUGCUUCCUCGGCCACAAACUCGCAGCGAUCAAGACAGUCACCCAGCGCAAGCGCUUCACAGAGCUCGUGGCCACGGGGGACGUGGCGGAGGUCAUGGACGCGCUGAGCGCCGGCGCCGACGUGGCCGACAAGAACGCGGCGGGCCACUCGCCGCUCUACGUGGCGGCGGCCCACGGCUUUGACCACGUCCUGCUGCUGCUGCUGGAACGCGGCGCUGACGUCAACGCCGCUGCACUGGACGGCUCGACGCCGCUGCACGCCGCGUGCGAACACAAGCGCUACGGAGCGGUUCAGCUCCUGCUCAAGCACAAGGCGCGGGCUAACGCCGUCACGCGCAGUGGGCACUCGCCGCUGCACUUUGCAGCGAAACACGGACACGCAGAGAUCGUUGCAGCGCUGCUCGCGGUACGGGCAAAAGUGGACGCAGCAGUCGGAGACACGACCACGACAGCGCUGUUGCUGGCGUGCACGUUUGGCCACUCGGCUGUGGUCGAGCAGCUGCUGGACGCGGGCGCCGACCCGCAGGUCGAAGACGCCGCCGGCAACACGCCGCUGCACGUUACCAGUCGGAACGGGAACUACCGCGCGACGUACCUGUUGCUGACGGCUGGCGCGGACCCCGACAUGCCGAACGAGCAGGACGAGACGGCGUUCGACGUGGCCGAGCAGCAGGGCCACUCGCACGUGCAGUAUCUGCUCGAGACGAACGGCGUGGCCGUGGGCGGCCAGACAGUCGACGAGAUGGACGUCGCCUGCGCGCAGGAUGACCGUCUCAGCGAGGCGCUGGCCCGCAAUCGACCGGAAAUCUCCGACGUCAUUGUGAAGCUCCACAUGAAGUACGCGGGCUAUUUCGCGCUGGGUGCGCUGCCCGAAGACGAGAGCGUGACGGCGUUUCCAGAGGACUUGAACCUGCUGACGUGUUAG